GUGAGUGUUCAUGCAACUCCCUGCAGUUUAACUAGUGACAAAUGCGCCCAUUAAAGUAAUGAAAUCCCUGAAGAGAACUACUGGUCCAGUGAUGUCGACACAGUUUCCAGUGUUCGCUGUCCUUAUUAUCAUCCUACAGCUCUUCAUCUCUCUGGCUCGAGCCGAAGUGCAUUACUACGAUUUUAUAGUUAAGGAGGUAAACUUCACAAGACUGUGUGAGUCAAAGCUCAUGUUAGUAGUAAACGAGAGUUUUCCGGGUCCAGAAUUACGAGCUCGCAAAGGAGAUACAAUUUAUAUUAAUGUUUACAAUCAAGGAUUUUAUGGUUUCACCAUUCACUGGCAUGGAGUAAAGCAACCAAGAAAUCCAUGGUUUGAUGGCCCGGAAUAUGUGACACAAUGCCCAAUUUCACCGGGAACAAAUUUUACCUAUCAAGUUCAAUUGACCACAGAAGAAGGAACUGUAUGGUGGCAUGCUCAUAGUGACUGGACGAGAGCUAGCGUUCACGGUACCAUUGUCGUCUUGCCUGCUCUUGGAACAACAUUUCCAUUUCCUGAGCCCGAUGAAGAGGAGAGCAUUGUGUUUGGAUCUUGGUAUUUGGGAAAUUUGAAACAAACGAUUGACGAGUGUAUGGUGCCAGAAAAUGCUACCAACUUACCCGAAGCAGAUGCUUACACAAUAAAUGGCCAACCUGGGGAUUUUGCUCUAUGCUCCAAGAAUUCAACAUAUCGUCUUAAGGUGGACUAUGGCAAGACGUAUCUUCUUCGGAUACUGAACGCCAACAUUGAUGCAGAGAUGUACUUUGCAAUUGCUGAGCACAAUCUCACUAUGGUUGGCAUGGACGGUUCCUAUACCAAACCCAUCAACACAAGCUACAUAAUGAUAAGCCCUGGACAAACAAUGGAUGUGUUGCUCAACACAAAUUCGACUCUGGGGAGCUAUUACAUGGUCGCAAGAGAAUACGUGAGUGCUACAGUUAACGCAGUAUCUAGCUAUCUGGAUGAUGCUGUUGCAAUCCUUGAAUAUAAUGGCAACUAUACCACUUCGGAAGCUCCGAUAUAUCCUGAAAACCUUCCCAUGUCCUUAUCCCAAGAACCAGCAUACGACUUCCUCAGGAAAAUUAGAAGCUUAGCCACCCCAGAAUAUCCUAUAAAUGUCCCAAAAGAGAGUGACGUUACUAAGAGAAUGUAUAUAACAGCUUCCUCCAACGCUCUUUACUGCACUCCAGAUUUAGGUCCCACAUGCGUCAACAUAUCUUGGGCUGCAAGCGUCAAUAAUAUUAGUUGGGUUAAUCCAUCAGAAUCUAUCUUGCAAGCCUACUACAACAACAUAAGCGAACCAGUUUAUGAAACAGACUUCCCAGAUGAGCCGCCUGUUUAUUUUAACUUCACUGAUGAUUCAUCAGCAAUAGAUGUAGGCUUAACAGUCCAAGGGACAAAGGUGACGAUGCUGGAAUACAAUGAAACAGUUGAGAUGGUGUUUCAAGGAACUGAUGUGGAGGGAGCGGCCGUGAAUCAUCCAAUGCACGUGCAUGGGCUUAGCUUUUAUGUGCUUGGUUUUGGUUUUGGGAAUUACUUCGCCGAGAGGGACUCAAAAACCUUCAAUUUGAUUGAUCCUCCUUAUGUAGCAACGUUCAUAACUCCAAAAAAUGGAUGGGUAGCUCUCAGAUUCGUAGCGAAUAAUCCAGGUGUAUGGUUUUGGCAUUGUCAUAUGGAGAGACACUUGACAUGGGGUAUGGAGUCUGCUUUUAUAGUGAAGAACGGGGGCACACCUGAGACUACUAUGCUCCCUCCUCCGGCUACAAUGCCUUCCUGUGACGUUCCAUUGAAGUCUUCAGCCAUCCUAGAGAAGCAACUAGAACGGACUAAUUAAUAUACUGUUCUCAUAUAGAUAUAGUAUAGCUGGUAAGGAUCGUGUCCCAAUUGUAGUGUUCCAAUCAAGCGUACUCAUAUUUCCGACAUGUACGUGGAGCUUGAUCCAACGCACUUAAUAUUUAUUUGUUGAUUUUGCCGGCCGCCUCCCAAAUUGGAUAUCACACAGAAUCUAUACUGUAAUUUACUGAUUUUCUCAGUGUUGAAUAAAAGGCACUUGACCUGAAUACCACGCCUACCUAACGAAAGACAUUGCUUUUGGACUGGUAGUUGUGGGGCUUUACUGAUGA